AGGAGACCCUCAGCUGGAUUCUUGCUGCUAAGGGGGUACAAGGGAGCUAUGACAAGCCGUGAAUCAGGAAAGUUCCCAUGCCGGACCGGAGCUUUGAAAACUGAGGGAUAUUUCGAGGCGAUUAUGAGAAAAUGAAGAGACAAAACGUGCGGACACUCGCCUUAAUUAUCUGCACUUUGUCCUAUUUGCUCAUUGGAGCGGGAGUCUUCGACGCUCUCGAGUCAAAGCAAGAGAAAAGCCAGAAGGGCAUACUCGACUAUCGAAAAUUUCUACUUAUGCAUAAAUACAAUCUCACCAGGCUUGACUUUGAUCAGAUUGAAAAGGUCGUGUUGCUUCUGAAGCCUCACAAAGCCGGAGUCCAGUGGAAGUUCGCCGGAUCUUUUUAUUUCGCCAUCACUGUGAUAACGACCAUAGGUUAUGGCCAUGCCGCCCCCAGUACGGAUGCUGGGAAAGCAUUCUGCAUGGGAUACGCACUUCUGGGCAUCCCCCUCACCCUGGUGAUGUUCCAGAGCCUGGGCGAACGCAUCAACACCUUCGUCCGCUUCCUGUUGCACAAAGCCAAGAAAUGCAUGAGCCUGCGGCGGCCGGAAGUCUCCAUGGCCAACAUGGUGAUCAUCGGCUUCUUUUCCUGCAUCAGCACCUUGUGCAUAGGAGCAGCUGCCUUCUCCCAUUACGAAGGUUGGACCUUUUUCCAUGCCUUCUACUACUGUUUCAUCACCCUCACCACCAUCGGAUUCGGGGACUAUGUAGCCCUACAGAAGGACAACGCUCUUCAGAACGACCCUCAUUACGUGGCCUUUAGUUUUGUCUAUAUCCUGAUGGGCCUCACGGUAAUUGGUGCUUUCCUCAAUCUAGUGGUGCUACGGUUCAUGACGAUGAACACAGAGGACGAGAGAAGAGACGCAGAGCAGAAGGUGCUGCUCUUCAAAGAUAAACCAAGAGGUCGAGUUUCACGGCAUCCGGAGCCUCCGAGCCCAGCCGCUGUUAGGCGAGAUAAAAGGAGAGGGCUGAAGAGCGCCUAUGCUGAGGUGCUCCACUUCCAAACGGUGUGCUCUUGCCUGUGGUACAAAAGCCGAGAGAAGUUGGUGAUCCUCCCACAGGAUCUGUCCUUCACCGAUGCGCUAAUGGAGCAAGGAGACGUAUCGCCCCACCACUUCUUCGAACCCAGCUCUACAGGCUGUGUGUGUAACCCUCAACGCUGCUCAGCCAUUAACACUAUGUCUGCUGACCUGAGAAACAUCUCACCUUUCAGGUUCUUCUCCAAGAGACGUAGAUCUGUCUGAAUCACCUCACUUUCUUAUACAGUCACUGUAGAUCUUUAAUGAGUCAUAUGAGUUAUUUUCAUAGCAUUCACAUGAAGAGUCUUGAACGGUUCGCGCUAGAUUGAAGUAGACUGAUGAAAGAGUCUUUUUGCACCAGCACAUCUAUAUUCAUUCAACACUUUGAUGGCUCUUUUGAGAAUUCAAAUGAUCUUCUACUUCAAAUAGUUCAUUUGCACCCUGAUAAGGUGCAGUAAUUUAACAGUUCUUUACUAAACUUGACCAAAAAAAGUCUGAUCUGCAA